CAGAGUAAGUGCCAGGCAGCCCAGUGUCCGGCUGCUGCCGGCGAGGAGGCGCAGCCCCGGGGGGAGCUUCCAAACAUUCGCCAGGGGGGAAAAUAAAAGGAAGCGAGAGCCUGUUGCCUGCGUUGCUUCGAAAAUAGACGCCGUCUCUUUAGCCUGGGCUUCAGAAUCUUCUCGAGGAUAUUUACCAGAGCGUCAGGAGUGCUAACUACUGUCUGGGAACUGAACUGGGAUAAAAUAAAACAAAAAGGACAACAGAGAAAGAAUGCUUAGGUAACGCGGGACUUAAAGCUUUGCUUUCCUUUUACGACAUAGAAAUUGAUGCACGUGGCUUUUAUAUACAGUGUAGCAUCAAAACAACAGGGUUCUGCAGUGAGAGAGUCGAUAGCUUAGUCAUUUCACUUAAAGGGAGCAGACAGCCUUGUUCUGGGGUUAGACAGCAGAAAUGAAUUUGGUUGUGAUGUGAUGCUCUCUCAUGAUGGUGUGUACCUAUAGUCCUGUCCUAUGGAGCGGAAAAAGGAUGCUUCCUGCCUUCUUUCUUAGUUGAAGAAAAAAACCCACGGUAUCGAAUUCAAAAGUUUGGGUUUGUUGGUACAUGGCUAUUAAACAUUGUCCUGUUCCCUGGGCUUGUAAAAAAGGAACGCUGCGUUGAAGUCAUCACUGAUGAAUAUGUGUCUAAGAAAGAAGAAAAAGCAAUAUUCAUUUCUGAACAUGGCAAAGCAAUCUGAAGUUACGCAUCUCCCCCUAACCACUGAUUUGGCAUGGAUGACAAGAAACUAUCUUUUGACUAACCUUUUCCAACUGUCCAAAAUGCUGCAUGGGAAGAUGCUUUAAUUCACAGUCGAAGCACUUGGAUUUUUAUCAAGGCAAACUGUUGGCAUUGUCAUAACAGUUUCUGUAUACUGAUUAGUUUAAUAUUUUUUUUUUAAGUAGUCAGUGAUGCAUAAAUGGAUGGACGUAUACCUAGAAAAUCCUGUGAGCAGUCUUUCUUCAGAUCCUGGGAAUUUUUGUUUUUGUGGAUUACAGUAAUUCUUGCAAUAAUCCCUGCUGUUAACUGCUCAUGCAGUUCUGGAAUGCAUCUAUGAAUACCAUAACAGAUAAAUCUGUCUGACAAGGAAAACACUAAUGUUGGAAGAGCUGUGAACAUGAUGCAUGUGAAUAAUUUCCCCUUUAGGAGGCAUUCGUGGAUAUGUUUCGAUGUAGACAAUGGUACAUCAUCGGGACGAAGUCCCUUGGAUCCCAUGACAAGCCCUGGAUCAGGGCUAAUUCUUCAGGCAAAUUUUGUCCACAGUCAACGUAGGGAGUCUUUCCUUUAUCGGUCAGACAGCGACUAUGAUCUUUCUCCAAAGUCCAUGUCCAGGAACUCCUCCAUUGCCAGUGAUAUACAUGGAGAUGACUUGAUUGUGACACCAUUUGCUCAGGUGCUGGCCAGCCUGCGUACUGUACGGAAUAACUUUGCUGCAUUAACCAAUUUACAAGAUCGGGCACCCAGCAAAAGAUCACCAAUGUGUAACCAACCAUCUAUUAACAAAGCAACUAUAACAGAGGAGGCCUACCAAAAACUGGCCAGCGAGACCCUGGAGGAGCUGGACUGGUGCCUGGACCAGCUGGAGACCCUGCAGACCAGGCACUCCGUCAGCGAAAUGGCCUCCAACAAGUUCAAAAGAAUGCUCAACCGGGAGCUAACCCACCUAUCUGAAAUGAGCAGAUCAGGCAAUCAGGUUUCAGAAUAUAUAUCAAACACAUUCUUAGACAAACAACAUGAAGUUGAAAUCCCUUCUCCAACACAGAAAGAGAAAGAGAAGAAGAAGAGGCCAAUGUCACAGAUCAGUGGAGUAAAAAAACUGAUGCACAGCUCCAGCCUAACUAAUUCCAGUAUUCCCAGAUUUGGAGUUAAAACAGACCAAGAAGAUGUUCUUGCCAAGGAACUGGAAGAUGUGAACAAGUGGGGCCUUCAGGUUUUCAGAGUAGCAGAGUUAUCUGGAAACAGACCUUUGACAGUGAUCAUGCACACCAUUUUUCAGGAACGGGACUUGUUAAAAACAUUUAAGAUACCAGUAGACACUUUAAUAACUUACUUGAUGACCCUAGAAGACCAUUACCAUGCAGAUGUGGCAUAUCACAAUAACAUACAUGCUGCAGAUGUUGUUCAGUCAACCCAUGUCCUGCUAUCAACCCCAGCAUUAGAGGCAGUGUUCACUGAUCUGGAGAUUCUUGCAGCAAUUUUUGCCAGUGCAAUACAUGAUGUAGAUCAUCCCGGGGUUUCAAACCAGUUCCUUAUCAAUACAAAUUCUGAACUUGCCUUGAUGUACAAUGACUCAUCAGUACUGGAGAAUCAUCACUUAGCUGUGGGCUUCAAGCUGCUGCAAGAAGAAAAUUGUGACAUUUUCCAGAAUUUGACCAAAAAACAGAGACAAUCUUUGAGGAAAAUGGUCAUUGACAUUGUACUUGCAACAGACAUGUCUAAGCAUAUGAAUCUACUGGCUGAUUUAAAAACUAUGGUUGAAACCAAAAAAGUGACCAGUUCUGGUGUUCUACUUCUUGAUAACUAUUCAGACAGGAUUCAGGUUCUUCAGAAUAUGGUGCACUGUGCAGAUCUAAGCAAUCCUACCAAGCCACUCCAUCUUUACCGACAGUGGACAGACAGAAUAAUGGAGGAAUUUUUCCGUCAGGGAGAUCGAGAAAGAGAGAGAGGGAUGGAGAUAAGUCCCAUGUGUGAUAAGCACAAUGCAUCUGUAGAGAAAUCACAGGUGGGUUUUAUAGACUACAUUGUUCAUCCGCUAUGGGAGACUUGGGCAGAUCUUGUUCACCCUGAUGCCCAGGAUAUCUUGGAUACACUGGAGGACAAUCGAGAAUGGUACCAGAGCACAAUCCCUCAAAGUCCUUCUCCUGCACCUGAUGACCAGGAAGAGGGUAGACAAGGCCAAACUGAGAAAUUCCAGUUUGAACUAACAUUGGAAGAAGAUGGAGAGUCAGACACUGAAAAGGACAGUGGAAGCCAAGUAGAAGAAGACACCAGCUGCAGUGACUCCAAGACACUUUGCACCCAGGAUUCAGAAUCCACUGAAAUUCCUCUUGAUGAGCAAGUUGGGGAAGAAGUAGAAGAGGAGGAGAACCAGACAGAACCUUGUGUGGUAGAAGACCAUUCUCCCGACACAUAACAAUGAAGAUGCAAUCUCUUUCACUCUUGCCCUCUCCCUUUCUUUUCCUCUUUCUUUUUUUUUCUUUUUUUUUUUUUUGAUUUGGUUUGGUUUUAUUAGGUAAUGGUUUCCAAAGUGUAUGUCAUAGGCUACAACCAUGGUCACAACUCGUCAUCUGCUAGAACGUUUGUUGAUCUCAGCUGACCUUGAUGACUCAGUUUGGCACUCAGGAAUAUUGUAACCAGAAUUUUCACCUCCAUGGCAUCAGAAAGCAGAGGGGAUAAAAUCCAUAAACUACAUUUUAAUAAGCGCACCAUUUGACAGAUUUCAUUAAAUAAAGCAAAUGUUUUCAGAGGAGUAUCACCUGCCAAACGAAUGCUGGUAUGCUUUGAUAGUUUUUGAAUUUAUUGUAUUUCACAAGCAAGGCAUUGGAUAAUGUUCAUCAUGAGAGGAAACAGAAAAUAAACUGAGGUUCCUACUGGAAAACAAAUGCACAUAAAUGAUGGGACACAACAUGAUUCUGUUACGAAUAGGAAGAUGAGCUGUGGAAAUUGCAUAAUUUUCUAAUUUCAAGUCUUCCUGUUACGCGACUGAAAAAAGUGUGACCCAGUUGGUUGCACUGACCUCUGCGUUUUGUAUAAUAUGUAAUAGAGAUCUUUUGUAGAGCUUACUUUUAUUAUUAAAUGUACCAAGGUAUUAUAUUUAAUGAAAAACACUUUCAGAUUUCAUCUGUCACUGGUUAUUUUUUUUCCAAAGAGUAACUUGCAAGUUUUCAGUACAAAUCUGUGCUACACUGGAUAAAACUUUUAGAUUUUUUUUUUUCUUUCCUUCCUUUUUUUGCACCUUAGAAUGGUUAUAUUGAGCUGUAAAAGUCUAUUAGAAUUUUAUAUAGUAGUGAGUUCCAUGAAUAUCAGUUAUGUUCAUAAAACUUUCAGAAUGAUGGCUUUUAUGCUUGUUUGUUUUUCAUCCCAAUUUUCUCAAAUGUAUUAGAGGAACUUAAGUUGUGCUUUUGCCCUCAUAGUGGCCUGAUCCUGCCAGUUCUGUCUUCUUACAAGAACAGAUCACAGUUAAACCAACUGAGACCACCAAGAUGGAUAUUUGGAGGACUAUAGCCCAUAAGAAAGGUAAUGAAUUGUCAUGUUAAUACAAAAGCAGCUUUUCUGCUAUAGUAGUAAAAUUCAUCCCUUUAAAAUACGGUUUCCAGGCUAUUCUUGGCUGGGAACUACAUACUGCUAAAUCAGAACAAGACAAUACAAUAUAUGGAAUGUUUCUAUGAGAGAGAAAAGCAUUAGGAUAGUACUUCUAAUUUUGACUCUUAAUACUUUUUUAUCUGUGUCAGAUAUCUAGUUAAACUGUUUGCUAAUCUGCAAUGUGUAUGACAAAAAUAAUGAUCAGCAUUAUUUUUUUCAUGUUUUUUUUUGCAAAAAGAGCCAGGUCAGAUUUUCUUUUUGUGUUUUUAAUUAACUGAGCAAUGUAUCAUGAGAGUUGUAGUUUACUCCACAUUAUUUCAAUCUCAGAUCUUUUCAUCCAUUAUCCAGCUUGUGCUGAGGGAAUCCUGCUUUUCAGUUUAGUACUGAAAGCUUCUGUAACUUGGAAAGUUAAAGGGAGGUAGGAGUUUGCAUUUGUCAUUUUCCAGUCUUCUUGUUUGGCCACAUGAAAGAAGGAGAAAUUUUAUUUUUACCACUUUGCUCUUCAUUAAAAUUGUACUUCAGAGCACAGAAGAUUGGAAAUCAUUGCCUAGGGAAGCUAGCAGAUUCCCAUUCUUUAAAAUUCUGGUAAAAUGACAAUGCUGAGAUGGGGUUUUUUUUGACAAAAAUAAAAGAUAGCAACAGCGAUUAGUUCCCCUGUGGAUUCAUUUUGUAGUAAGUUUGCAGAUAUGAAUACAGAGGGGUUUUUUAAGUCAGAGAUCUAGAAUAGAAACAUGUUUUAAAAUGAUUGGUUAAUAAUUCAACUUUUAAAUGCAUUUUGCAUUCUUCUAUAUCCAAGUCAUAGUUCUCUCUACCUUUAGCCUUCGCAGGGCCUUAGCACAGAAAAUGCGGAAGGAGGGAAGAGAAUGACAAGAACUCAUUUUUUUUUGUCACGGUUUUGGUCUUUUUUUUGUGUUCUUCAUGAGUCCUUCCUGAACGUGAUCCAUUUAAAAUUCCUUUCAGUCCCCAAGAGUGCCUGGAAUCUUAAUAAUGGAAAAGCAAUAUAAAUUACAAAAUAACCAGUAGGGAUCUGUAAAGGUUUUGUAUCUGCACUAAUUGAAAGUAAAUGAAAAGAGUAACACCACAUUGAGAGAUAUACACCCAUACAUGUGGACAAUCAAAUAAUAGAAAAAUAUGUCAUUUCUUAGAGCCAGGGAUAUAAUGCACUGUACAAUCUUUUUUUUUUUCCUCUUUUGCCAAAGUGUGGUUUAGCAUCGCACACUGCUUUAAAACAGUACAACUUACAAGUGGCUUUAUGUGUUUGGAGUAUUUUGCCAUAAGAAGAUGCAGUGAGUGGGUAUUGACUUGGGGAAAAAAAAUUCACCUUGCUUAUAACAGUACACUUUAGCUUGCAAGUUACUGUAUUCAAUAAUGCUGUAUUUGAAUUCUUAAAUUGUUUUGUGUCAUUAUUAAAAAAUUAUAAAGAAUAGGUAGAACAAAUACCAUUCAGAAGUUUAAAAAACUUGAAUGAAAUGGAUUUUACAGAGAAAGCUUUGACAGUUCUUUUCGAAUGCAUUAUUUAUUUUAUUUGUGCCAUCAUUUUUCUCACCAAAUGACCUUAUCUGUAACACAGUCUUGUUUGUCUCUGUUUACAACCAUGUAUUUAUUGUAAUGUACAUACUGUAAUGUUGAUUGUAAAUUAUCAGUUCUUAUAACAUCAUCCUUGUCAGGGUGGUGUUGCUAUAUUUGGAAACUCUUGGUGAGAGAAUGAUUAUUGUGUAUACAUAUUCCUUGUACAUUUUUCUCCUGUAAUAUAGUCUGUGUCACCUUAGAGCUUGUUUAUGGAGGAUUCAAGAAAAGUAUAAAAUACAUAAAGAUAUAUCAAUAAAAAAAGCUGCAGGUCUUUGGUCCCAGGGCUGUGCCUUAACUUUAAACAAUAUUUUCUUCUGUUUUGCUGCAUUUGAAAGUAAGGUAGCUGUGGGGCUAGGGCUGGGCAUUCCUACCAUAUUUUUAGUUGUUAACUGAUGGGGAUACUCAUAAGAGCUAAUAUGCAUGAUAAUACAAUAAGCUUUCAUUCAUAGCCCUACUGGAAGUUCAAGCUUUUCCAGACUUCUGGCAAUAUAAUUGUAUUGCCUCUCUGAUUAUCUUUUUACAAGCUAUCAUUGGGGAUUAUUACAGCCAUUUUUUGCUCCUGAAAAAAAUGAUGCUGUAUUUCAGUACUGAAUUGCACUGAAGCAGCUUUGGAAAGCAUCUCUAAUAUUUGAUUUUAAUGCAUAGUGGGAAAUGGAAUAUUUGUAAUUAAAAGGGUAUUACUCAAACACUUUUAUAAUUGUAUGUAAUAUCUCUAUUUAGUAGCGUAAAUUAUUACUGUAUAAGUGGAAAAGACAACCUUAAUCUUGGAAAUGCUUUCCAAUGCCAAUAUUAGUGUUAUAAGCAGCCAAAGUUUUAUUUUAUAUACAUGUAUCUUAUGCUUUGUACAGUUGUGUAUAGCAUCGUGCACUAGAUCUACAGGAGAGUGGUAAACCUUUAGAUCUUUUAAUGACACUAGUGUUAGGUUUGCAGGUUGGACUGAGCAUCUCUUGCUGUUUGACUUGUCUUGUUGCUGCAGACUACGUAGAGCUGAUAUCCAUGAAUUUUCCAGAGCAAGGGAAAUACCUCUCCUCCAUUCCAGCGAUGCCCAGCCCUUGUAGCAUGCGACUUCUUUGUGAAAGGAGAGAUUCUUUUUCAAGGAAAAACAGAGCCUCCUUUUUGACACAAACUGUAGAUUUUAGCAGCCCUGGUCCAAAGGAUAUCGAUUGCUUUUAUUUUAAAUGGUGUAAAAGGGACAGUAUAACAACCGAAAUCCUGAACAAUUUUUUGGUUUGGUUUGAUUUUUCCUUUGGGUAUGUCUUGAGAGUGGUAACUUGUGUGAACAUUGCACAUGACUAUUCUUUCACUGGUUUCUUAGCCUCUCUUACAGCCUAUGGGAUAGUACUGUACAUCAAUACCUUCAUAUGAAAUUUUAUAUGCAAUGGAAAUAAAAGCAUGGGUUGAUUCUGCCUAGUUACUGUAUUUGAUUUUCUUUUGCAAGUGAAUUUUGUUUUACAUACAUCCCAUAGUUGUGACAUCUUAAGAGAAAGUGUGUAUCCAGAAUAAUUUGAUUACCGUAUUUUUGUCAUCGUACUGUUUUGCAUAAAUAAUACAAAAUAAAAGUGGGGGCAAAUCAGAAAAGUCAAUAAAAUGUGGUAUUUUAUGCAGUUGCUUAGAAAGGCAUUUAAUCUUAGUUUUCAGGAAAUUUUACCACUGGCUUCAUUAGCAAAAGCAGCUUCUCUUGAAGAAGUAAAACUUCGCCUACGUAUUGCCCAGAGAAGCAAUAUGUCAGGAUGCAUAAAGAAUAUAGUACCAUAGUUAAAUACUGAUCAGACAGUCUCUGCUUGAAAUGGAUGAUAAAAAGAGAUUGCUUUUUAAAAUAAAGUUCAUAAAUGA